GGUCCGCCUCCUCCUGUCCUCAUCCUCAAAGAAGAAGAAACCUGCCGCCCAGGCAGAGAACGCUGUCACCAUGACAACAGAUGCAUCACCUGAGGCCUCCUGCCCCCCCGCUGCCCCCCCGUCUGUAGACCAGGACCAGCAGGAGGAGGGAGAGGAGGUGGAGGAAGAGGAGGAAGAGGAGGAGCAGGAGGUGCAGGACGUGGAGGAGGAAGAGUGUGUCAGCGCUCUGCAGCUCGUAGGAGAUUACGGCUGUGAGGAGGACGAGAUGAGUUUCGACCUGCAGUGAUGGAGGUCACCUGACCCUCACCUGGAGUGACGGAGGUCACCUGACCCUCACCUGGAGUGAUGGAGGUCACCUGACCCUCACCUGGAGUGACGGAGGUCACCUGACCCUCACCUGACCUGAUGGAGGUCACCUGACCCUCACCUGGAGUGAUGGAGGUCACCUGACCCUCACCUGGAGUGAUGGAGGUCACCUGACCCUCACCUGACCUGAUGGAGGUCACCUGACCCUCACCUGGAGUGAUGGAGGUCACCUGACCCUCACCUGGAGUGACGGAGGUCACCUGACCCUCACCUGACCUGAUGGAGGUCACCUGACCCUCACCUGGAGUGAUGGAGGUCACCUGACCCUCACCUGGAGUGAUGGAGGUCACCUGACCCUCACCUGACCUGAUGGAGGUCACCUGACCCUCACCUGGAGUUGUUUAUAUUGUACAAAGGCUGUAGCUCGAGACGCGUCUGUAUUUUUAUAUGAAUGUUAAUAUGACAUCAUUCCCUCCUGAAGCAGCUUCCUGCGGUUUCAACCGUUUUACUGUUUUUUACGUGUACUUUGUGUAUUUUGUGUACUUUAUGUACUUUGUGUACUAUGUGUACUUUAUGUACUUUAUGUACUUUGUGUACUUUGUGUAGUGACCACGAUAUCCAUUGUUUCGUGUCCUUUGUGAUUCUCUCGUGGGGCUGACCGGCGAAUAGACGCUUGUAGUUUGAGAGAACAUAUAAAUGUCCAGAUGAGAUUGAAAAGUAAGAUCGUUUAUUCCAAAAAAGGCAAAAAUAAAUAAAAGUUUUAAACAAA